AUGGGCGACCACACCUUCUUCUUCUACGGAACCCUAAUGGUCCCCGCCAUCCUCCAUCGCAUAAUCCACGGCUCCUCAACCCCCGAGCCCUGGCAAAAAGCUCUCCUGACCACACGGCCCGCCCUGUUGCCAGGUUACAGGCGCUAUCGAGUACAGAAUGCCGACUAUCCCGCUAUUUUGCCUUAUGCACCACCGGACGAGUCUUCUGUGCUCGGUGUUGUUGUCACAGGGCUAACAGAAGGAGAUGUCCUCCGUCUAGACUGGUUUGAGGGAUCAAUGUACGAGAAACGCGCUGUUAAAGUCAGAGUCCCCAAGGCUGGCUCUAAAGACGAGAAGGAUGAUGAUGAAGAUAAGUUUUUACAGAAAGGGCUGGAUCAAGCAGCCCAUCUUGUGGGUAAGCAAGAAGAUGAAAUGGAGGAGGUCGAGGCGACGACGUAUGUAUGGACGGAUCCCGAGGCGAAUUUGGAUAUGGGCGCGGAAUGGGAUUUUGAGUCGUUCAAGAGGGAUAAGUUGGAGUGGUGGAUUACUGCGCCGGAGAGCGAGUUGUAA